AAAGGUACGGCACAGAGAGGAUCGUGAAAAUAUAAUGAACCGCGGCAAGGACGAUACGCUAAUUAGACGCUCGGUCCGGCGUGAUUAAAUAGACACUAGUUAAUACCGCCGGAAGCGACCGCUAAAUGACAGGGUCGUUUGCAAAUCGGUGGGAAGUAUCGAUCAAGGUAGUGAGCGAAGGAUGUCUUGCAGUGAUAAAGUAGAAGAAUCUUUCCUGUGAUAAAGAUUAUUGUUUGUGCGAUGACAUGACGUGUGUAUCGAGUUUUUACGAUUUUUCUUGAAUUUAUUUAUUUACACGAUUGGGAAGAAUUGUUGACAUUCACACGUUCGCUAAUCGUGCGCGUUUAUCUAGUAUUAAAAAGAUUUUUUCAGGGACGUCUCGUGUGAAUGAACCGAAUUCAUCGCGGAUAGAAGGAGACAAUGGUUAGAAAGUAAUAAUUAAAGCAUUUUAAUUAAGAGAGAAGAAGCCGAGAAUAUAAGUCAAGAUUAAGUGAAACAUAAAUAUCACUAACCAAGAGUAAAUAAAGACGAUUAUGUCACAAUAACACGCGCGAGAACAAUUAGUGAGAACAAGUUUUUAUCAAAACUAAACGUGGAAGCAGGAAAUUAUACAAUAUAGGCAUCAUGUGAAAUGAAAUGGAGUGAAUAUUCUUAAAGCGCGAAGAAUCUCUCUCUCUUAUCAGCAAUGGAACAUCAGCGGGGAUUUCUCGUUUUCAUUAUUUGUUUCCUGCGAUCCUCUCAAGUAUCGCACUCCAGCGGUCUCACAAUUGAUAAUCAACUUGUAAUCAUUGCAAAUGAUUGCUAUACAAGAGUGGCUAUCGGAUUUAAAUUACCGGACAUGGACAUCUUCUCCAGCGUCGCGGUUGACAGCAUUUCGGAAUGCGAGGACGAAUGUUCGAAGAGAAGGAAUUCCUGUAACGCGUUUGCUUUCGGGAUCGGUAUCAAAGGUAACGGGACGUGUGCCCUGAGCAGAAAAAUACCGAAACCCGAAGAACUGCAAACUCACGCCGAUUACGACGUCUAUGUGAGAAGUCAACGCUCGUUACAUUGCGAACCAGAUCGACUUUACAAGAUAAAAAGCGGCGAUAUGGGACGGGAAAGAGGAAACGAGACAAAGUCGACCAUGAUAUUCGGUAGCGGCCUUUCGGAUCCGACAAUACCAAGUAUCCUGUCAUCUUCAAGGGUCAUGGGAAACACGAUGCAUAGCGUUGCCAAUGAUCCUUCGUAUCAGCAAGGAUACGUGCGUUUUUUCGAUGACAAGGGCCGGCGGAUCUCCGAUAUUCUGAGAAACAGAAAUCCGAUACCUCCAGCCAGCGAUUCUUUCGGCAGCAACGUAGAGAUUGAUAACGAUCUCUCGAUAUAUCCGAGUCGAAAAUCGACGUUCGGUCAACAAAUUCAUUCCGAUUCGAAUUACGAUCGCCCGGAUUUUGGUCGACCGUUCUUUCGAAAUCAUUUCGCCGAUAUCAAUCAUCUAAAUUUUGAAUCAAACUCGGACAACGAUCUUCGUUCAUAUAAACCCCACACUGUUCGCAACGAACUCUUCGAGGUUUUUUCAAGACCCAUCUUCGUCCACGACGAAACAUCAAAGAGCAAAUCUCCGGCAGACUUCAAAUUCUGGAUCGAUCACGUUCCGACGAAAGAUCGAAACACAUUUACAAAUCAUCGGCAUCAGAAUCAAGGAUUUUUUAAUGAUAUGCAUAAAGAUCACGGGACUAUCACACGAUUGAACGAGUUAGUCACGGGAAAUUAUGACAUCAAUAAAAUAUUCCGCCCGAGUGUCGCUAAUUCCUACAAUGUCGGAAUUGAUGAGGCAAAAAUUUCAACUGGAAGAUUCGAGGACACUUUUGACAUCCGGAAUCCAUCGUUGAUAUUUCGCGGCUUUGGUGCAAGGAUCACCGAUAAAUCAUGCUACAGAAGACUGCUGUCCGGUAAAAAGAGCUUGGAACUUCAUGUCAGACGCGCCAUCGAGUGCGAAAAUAUCGAAGAUUGCCAUCGCGCCUGCGACUAUGAGAAGUUUUUCAUUUGCGAGGGUUUUAAUUAUAGACGCAUGGGACACGGGACGAGAGGGAUGUGCGAGAUGACAUCGGUACCUUAUUCUCGCAUGGACUUUCACCGAGAUUUCAUAUCGGAUCCUCAAUGUGAUUAUUACGAGAAAGAUCCAAACUGCGUGGCGAACGCACCCGCGACACGACCAUCCUAUUGGAAUCAACCAUCUAGACCUAGUCAACCCUACGGUCCACCUUCCGGUUCUUCUAAUCAAAGGCCAGAUACAAGACCCUACGCUCCGGAUCGACACCCCCUAGAGGAAGUGCCGCGACCCUUGGAUUUCGAUCGACGUCCAUCAAACGAGAUUCCGCGACCGUUCGAUUACGGAGGUCAUCGACGGCCGCCGACAAUCUACGGGCAUCCUCACCACGACGGACAGUACGACGAUACGUUUGAUCGGAGAAAUUAUCAAGGUCAUACUGAAUAUUCAGGAACGAAAUGGGAAGAUUCAAUCGGCUAUGGCGGUCGAUAUCCAUCUAGACGACCAGCUUACGGAAAACCACCGUGGACGCGGUAUCCGAAUAGACGAAUCGAUCAUGGACCCACUCACGACAUAGGUACAAACGAAAUCGCACCGUACUUGCCGGACUAUCGAAAGGAUCCGACUCGCGACUGGGGUACUUACAGUACGGUUUACGGCGGCUCUUACGGCUACGACACGAAUUACGUGGGAAAGUUCGACGUAUCCAAGUACCAUCCGAAAUCACCGCAGCCAAAAUCACCGCCGCCGCCGCCGCCGCCCCAUCCUUACGAGAACGAUCACUUUUACGGCGAUUUUUAUAAUUAUGGCGGUGCAUUCGGUUACGGCGAUAAUUACAUACCGGCGAAUCAGGAUCCGCUUUACGGCGGUACCGGAAAGACCGAGGAGUGCUCCGUCCGAGCCGGUGCGGGAUUCAAACUUAGCAAAGGUGUCGUUCGCAAGACUUAUCUGACGCCGAAUUUAGAUCAAUGCGAGAGUCUGUGCAUUAACGAGAAGAGUUACAUCUGCAUGAGCUUUAGUUACAGGUACAAUGUUGCACCCACGGACCCUACAGACAAUUGUCUUCUUAGCGACGUUUCGUACAAAGAUCUGAAUUUUUACGUCGACCUCGAACCGGAUCGUGAUUACGAUAUUUACGCUAUGAUUGCCAAUUCAAGAAUCUGCGGCACGAGAAGAGAAUCGAGUCCACAUCCUCCGGAUGAAUGUUUUUGGCGAGUCAGAAGCGGAUUCGGAAUGCCGGCGGAUGUUGUUAGAAAAUCGAUAAUAGUCAACAAUCUAGGAGAGUGUCAGGCGGUGUGCACGUUAGCGCAAGACUUCACGUGCAGAAGUUUCGCGUUCAAAUACGGAUUAGAGCAAGAUCGAUCCGAUAUUCCAAUUAAUUGUUAUCUAAGUGAUUGGCCAUCGCAGGAUAUCAAUCCUGCCCAUAUGCCGGAUAUGGAUGGCACAGAGUUGUACGAAAAAGGGAGUUUUGGCAGGGGAUGCGAACCGUAUGCAGUCCCCUUUUUUAAUACAAGGCAAUUCAAUAACAAGCAAUCCCCGCAAGGUACAGAUGAAGUUUGUUAUUCCGGAUAUACCAAGCCAUGCAAAUUGACACCUUACGCAGUGCUUCUGGCAACGUACGUAAAUUCGGAACAAGACUGUCGACAGAAAUGUUCGAGGAUGAGAGAAACUGAUUCUAUUCCCUGCAUGUCUUAUAGCUACAAGCUCACUACGCACGGCACAGAAGAGAAUUGUUUGCUUAGUGACGUACCUAUAAGAGACUUGCGACCAGGUCUGGAUUACAUCUACGAUAACAAUCACGUUCUAUACGCAUGGAAGGAUCUCGAUCCUUAUUGCGUGAUUACCGGUUAUUCCAUCGACAACGAUCAUGUGUUUGGCGGACAGAGUCCUUUAAGACCGCUACUUCCGGGAGCCGCGCGACCCGAUUUUAAUCAAGGAGCCGGUUAUCCGAGUGUGAGACCUGACGAUAUAUAUCCGGAUCCGAGACCUUAUUUUAAACCAGGGAAUUAUCACGGCUCGAGACCGUUCGAUCCUGAUAGGCCCGAUCCUAUCAAACCGCAUCAUCGUCCUGGCGAUGGAUACGGUGACAAGUUUGGAUACGGUAUUCGUCCCGGUAUAUUCGGAUCUCUUUAUCCGAACGAAUUUUCGACUUUCCGCCAUUACACGGUAAACGGCUAUCCGUGCAAGAAGGGUACAAAGUGCGAAAAAAAUAAAAUCGCCGGAUUCUGGACCUGUGAGCCAGAAGGAAGCGACUACGGCAACUGGGACUAUUGUUGUGCACCGACUCAUCAUUGCGGCUUCUCGCAAGGAUACCAAUAUCCAUGGUGCUACGUGGGAUCGUCGGAGGAUCAAUGGCGUCCUUGCAGCGAGAAAUAUCAUCCCUACCUCCCGAGUCCACGGCCGAUUCGGCCGAUGAUCGGAAGCGACGAUCGCCACGAUCGUCCUGAUUAUCGAUACGAUCCCGAUUACGGCAGGCACUGGCCGAUCACGUAUCUACACGGAGAAUCGCCGCCAAAUUGCACGGAUUCACUCGCGUCCGCGGACAACAGCGAAGGUCGUCGUUCGAACGAGACGAUUCCGAUCGUAACGUCGAAUAGCACCACGAUCAGGGAUGACGAGAACGUUAACGCGAUCGCGAACAGAACACGUCGACGGCGGCUACGAGUGCGUACGAUCGCCGACAAUCGCCACGAGAUCUUUUCGCGAAAGAUCGACGCCCGGAUCGUGACAAAUGAAGCAACGCAGAAUCGCGUAGAUCUAACGAGUCGCAAGCGCGCCGCGAAAAUUGAACGAGUUUCAAAACCAGCGAGCACUAUCGCGUCGACCGCAGCGCCGAUUAUAACGGUACGUAAAGGCGCGCAAUUCGAAAAUUCGAAGAGUAACGAUGGAAUGGUCCGAGUUUCUCUGAUCACGCCAAAUAAUUCACUGCCAGCAGCGGGCGCCUAAAUAUUUGUGACGACAUCGAAUAUUUAUGUAUGAUCCCGCUAUCAGAAAAGCAAUUUACUUCAUUUAUUAAUGUUAUUAAUGUUAAGGCAUAUUAUUUAAAAUUUGAAGAUCGAACGCAAUUAGUCGCAACAGACAAUUCAGGAUAAAAUACAACACUAAUGUGUGUUUAUUCGAGGAAAAUAUUCGUGGAAUUUCUAGUUUUGUGAAGUUUAUAAUUAUAAUCGUAAUUGUAAUAAGUUAUAAUUAUGCGUUAAUUUUGUAAAUAUAUAGAUAAAGAUCCUAAAUUUAUAUAUGAAAUUAAUUUCUUUAGAAUGAUAAUUAUUGAUGUUCAUAUUACUGUAAUUAAAUUGGAGGCGUUGCUAUUUAAAUCAAUAAGAUUUCGCAACAUGCAUAAUUUUGUUUAAUUUUUAUAUAUUUAAAUAUGUUCUAAAAAAAGUUACAUAAUCUAGCGUAUUAUAUAGCGAUUAAUAUUAUCGAACUGCAACAGAUUUCAACCGCAAAACUGCAGUAUUCUAAUAAGUUGUCAUAUAUAUAACAAUUUAUUUAUAAUAUACCUCGUCAUAUCACAAUUUAUUCACACAACUGCAAUCAGUUUCAGUAUUUUAAUA